CGGGUCGCAACACACACCGAUCUAGAGCGAGCGAAUAGAACACCCCCUAAUUCCGACCCACCGCCAACCCGGGAGGGGAAACGAUCGAAAACACCAGUCUUCCGCUCAACAACACGUCUACCAUUUUUACGCAUGUAACCACGAUCUCUCCAGUGACGUUACCGUUGGAUGUGGGUUUGGAGGCUACUCGGAUACAAAAUCUGCUAGUUUAUUUUCACUGCAGUAAAACGGUUUGCUCCGAUCCUCCCCCCGAGUCACGGAUUUGAGAGGGAAGCAGCACUAUGCUGCUGGCCGACUGACCAGCCACUGAUACAGCGAGGGGAUCUCUGCAGUGGACCUGUGAAUGUGCGUAGUUUACCCGCAUGCAAUGUUUAGCCUAUUAACAGCACGCGCUAUAUUUCACAGAAAACGGAAAUCUUCUAUUUUUGUGAACAUGUUCAUUUGAUUAUUAGAUCGGCUAUAAUUAUUUUUUAGGGGGGAGGGGGGCUGUUUUCAGCGCACUGUUGUGUUGACGCCAUUUUCCUCGGGUUUUUCUAUAAAAACAUUAUUGCACCAUUUGACAGCUAUCCAGGACGCUGUCAGUGUAUACGGCAGGUUCUGUACAUGUGACUACAUGGAUUUUAAAUGAUCUUGAUAACAUAUUUACACGACAGACUCGUGUGUUCGAAAACAUUGGACAUGGUUUGGCCUUGUUGGAUUACAUGUGUUCCUGUGGGAGAACCAAUCCAGAAGCAGUAGCUAACGUUCCUAAAGCAACCCACUCUGACGGACAGCCACUCUCUGCAAACCUAUUGGCUAGCUGCCGCCGCUCUUUGGAUCUUGACUGGUUCUGGCGGGAGUGUGGAUGGAGUCGAGGGAUCUGGUUAGCUCAGCCCGACCUAAGGAGGCGGAAUUAGGAGGUGGAAGGGCUGAGCCUGAAGAGCAAGAACCGGAAAGGGCGGGUCUGGGGCCUGCGUCGCGGUGUGAUGAGGUCAUUGGUGAUGUGAUGGGUGAGCGCUGGGGGUCCCAUGGAGAAGGGGAGGGGCUAGAGGAGCAGGAGUUCUCCAUUAAAGAAGCCAGCUUCCAGGAGGGGAGUCUGAAGCUGAAGAUCCAAACCACCAAACGCACCAAGAAGCCCCCCAAGAGUCUGGAGAACUACAUCUGUCCCCCGGAGAUCCGGAUGACCAUCAGGCCCCCCUCAGGGGAGGGCCGGGGGGGCCGGCUAGGGGGCCGUGCAGUGCAGGACAAGGGACCCCCUAGGAAGAGGACCUAUGAGAGACCCUUCAGAGCAGCAGAACCUAAAGAGGGAGGGCUACUGCAACUACUUGGGGAUGUCACCCCCCCGAAACACCAGUCCAAGCCCUCUAUCCUACACACCACACCACUGCCCCCACACACACUCACACACCAACCCCAACAGCAACACACACAGCCACCACAACUCACUUACCAACAUACACACAGUCCAGCCUGGGCCACGCCUCCCUCCGCAUCCCCAGCCAAUCCAGUGCAUACUGAGCCCAGCAGAGAAUCAGCGGGAGCCAAUAGGAUCCCUCUCUCUGAUCUGGCCCCUUCCUUCCUCAAACCUCCAAUGAAGAGAGUCCCAGAAAGCCCCUCCCCUCGCUCUUUCAGCCCCUUUCCCCAGCGACCCCUGAGCCCUGAUCCCGUGUUGCCCGUAGUAACGGACGCCAGCAUUCUGAACCUGACCUCUCUCUCCAGAGGACGGGGAUUACAGGAGGUCACUGAGCAGCUGUUUGGAAACAUCAAGAGGAAGUACGGCAGGAAGGACACCCAGAGGACUCUGGGUAAUACCCACAAUGCUGAGUUGCCAUGGGGGAGGAUGGCAGAGAAAGAUCCGGAGAGUCUGAUAGUUCUGGAUGAAAGACAGAAGUACAGGAGGGAGGAGACCCCUGAGCUGGAGAGAGAAGAGAGGGAGAGCAUAGGGAGGACAAGAAAGGAGGAGGAGAGGGAGAGCAUAGGGAGGACAAGAAAGGAGGAGGAGAGGGAGAGCAUAGGGAGGACAAGAAAGGAGGAGGAGAGGGAGAAACAGCUGCAGGGCACUGAUAUCACAGAGAGGAGCAAAUCAGGCCCUCCAGAGCCCAAAGCGGCCCACAAGAUGGAAGGCAACAAGACGGACUCCCACAGGAGUGAAUCUCGCCCCCUGUACACCAACACAGACAGUCUGACUGUCCACACCCCCGCCAAGCGCAAACGAGGUCGUCCCAAAAAACAACCCCUGCUCACUGUGGAAACCAUCCACGAGGGCACCUCCACCUCCCCCCCUGAGCCCUCUGGCCCGGGACAGCCCUGCUGGGCUCAGCCGCCGGUGAAGAGGUUGAAGCUGGGGAAGGUACAGAGCAUCCUGAAUGAGAUCCUAUCAUGCUCCAGCCAACAUGGCAGCCUGGCGCUGAAGUCCGCCUCGGCUCCGGUCUCUUCCGCCAUGACGGUCAUGGCCUCUACCAUUGAGGCUCGUCUGGGAAAGCAGAUCAACGUCAGUAAAAGAGGAACUAUCUACAUCGGGAAGAAGAGGGGGAGGAAGCCGCACUCUGACACCCAAACCCUUCCCCCCAGAGGUGGGGGGACCAAGCCCCCUGUGCCUGCCUCCAUGUCCAGCCUGUACAACAGACUUCUAGUGCCUUCCUCCCCCCCUCUCAGCUCCAGUACCCUCCUCCUCAGACCCCACACCCUGUCCUCUCUGUGCCACCCCAGCCCUCACGGCCUCCACUCUGACGCCACCAUGCCCAGCCUGCAGCCCAUCAGUGCCCUGCCCUCUAAACCCCCAGGCAGGGGGCUACUGGGGGCCGGCUGGAAGCUCUCUCCCCCGCGCCUCCUGGCCAACUCCCCGUCCCACCUAUCUGAGGGGGCGGCGUCCAUCAAAGAGGUGACGCUGUCACCCAUCAGUGAAUCACACAGCGAGGAGACUAUUCCCAGCGACAGCGGCAUAGGGACAGACAACAACAGCACCUCUGACCAGACAGAGAAGGGGACCAACACACGACGCAGGUACUCCUUUGACCUGUGUGGGUUUGAGGCUGCGGAGUCUGCCGUUCUGCAGGCAUCCAGUCGCGGCAGUAGGGGUCGCUGUGAGCAGGCGGCAGUGGUGGACAACUUCCUGUCCCACCAGGAGAAGAAACAGAAACACCGCAGGAAGAGGAAGUGCCUGCAGAGCAGAGACCACCUGAACUUCCUGUCUGAGCUAGAAGAGGUGGUGAUAAAACUGCAGCAGCUACAUGUGUCCCACCGACGCUACGCCUCCUGCUACCCCCAGCAACCCUACCCCUCCAUCUUCCGCCUCAACUUCCACCAUCACUACUACCCCCUGACCUAUGACCCCUACCCCUGUGAUCCCGCCCCGUACCUUCGCAGGACUGCCGAGCUCAAGGCCAAGAGGAGCCCACUCUAA